ACGGGGUAUUUGAGCCGACUCAAAAGUCAUCGCAAGGCACUUGUGCAUCUGCAGACUGCCGAGUACCUCAGACAGGGGGGGAGAGGUGGGGGGAAAGAGGAAACAUUAAGGAGAGGAAGAGGAGGAGGAAGAGGAGAAGGAGGAGGAGGAGGAGGAGGAGGAGGAGGAGGAGGAGGAGGAGGAGGAGGAGGAGGAGGAGGAGGAGGAGGAGGAGGAGGAGGAGGAGGAGGAGGAGGAGGAGGAGGAGGAGGAGGAGGAGGAGGAGGAGGAGGAGGAGGAGGAGGAGGAGGAGGAGGAGGAGGAGGAGGAGGAGGAGGAGGAGGGAGGAGGAGGAGGAGGAGGAGGAGGAGGAGGAGGAGGAGGAGGAGGAGGGAGGAGGAGGAGGAGGAGGAGGAGGAGGAGGAGGAGGAGGAGGAGGAGAAAUAACCGUUUCGAUAGCAUAAGGUAAGACUUUU